GAUAAAGUUCGGUCCGUUUUUAGCUUGGUUUCUACAUUUGGUGAGAGCGGUGCGGAGAGACUAAUUUAGGUUUUCGAAGAACGAAUUGGAACGUGACAGGAAGUCGUACUGUUGAGGAAGAAACAGGUGGCGGGAACAGCUAAACCGCGAGUGUAAGUAAGGGAACUGUGUUAACAUCAACAAGUAAAUAAGUCAACGUGUCUAUAGUGUAACACCAACUUUUGGGCAUAAUAUCAACAAAGACAAGAAGAUAUCACUAAUAGCUGGAGCAGGCCAGGCAUGAGUGGCGCACACCUGGACGAAUGGCAGAGGAGGUCCUUUGACAUUUCAUCUGGCAACUGUACACCUGAACAGACGGCCGAUGCCUACCGGGCCCACAUCCUCUCCAUUCAGUAUGCAUGGGCAAGCUCCCAGCUCUCUCAGGUCGGCAUGGCCAGCCUGCUCAGGACCUACUCGGAGCGCUAUGCCGCAGUGUUGGACUCGGAUGACCCCCGCACAGGGCUCAACAACUAUGCAGAGAGUGCACUGCAUCUGGCCCGCAAUCAGAGGAACCACAGCGACAAAUGGGAAUCAUCCCUGACCACGGAGAGUGUGCUGGAGCUGCCCUGCGUGCAGAAGAUGAUUCAGGCAGGGACAGGGGGAGGAGGCUCCCUUGUGGCACCAGCAGAUGUUAACGUAUCUGUGGGACAAGAGAGCAGCCCCCUGCCUGCUCCCUUUACUGGUGUCAGGUCAGAGGCUGCAUUGUUGAAACCUAUAGGACCACCACAGCCUAAAACAGAGGUUAACAACAGUGCCAGUAAUCCUGCUAAUAUUUCUGCAGCGAGGCCAAGAGGCUCUGAGGGGAUCUCAGUAAAUCCAAACUCAUUCUCCCGACCUCCAGCCCGACCACAGUCUAUGUUUAGUUAUCCUUCUUCAAUUCCUCCACAGGGAAACCCUGGCCCUGCAGGUGGCACACAAAACUACCACUCCUCCUUCCCCACCUCCAAUCCAUCUAAGCGGAAGAAUUUUAACAACCCAGAUGGAGGGGAUGUUGGCAGGGGGCCACACGGAGGUCAAGCAGCCGCUGACCCACGAGCUGGAAGCAACUUCAAAACUGCUCGUGAGCAAUUCAUCGUUGACCAACAGAAAAAACAUUCCCAUCAGCCCCAGAGAGGCCAGACCCCUGGGAUGACAGCAACGGUGAAAAAAUCUCUGGGUGCUAACAGGUCUCGAGGUGCAUUCUCUAAAUUUGUGUCACCUAUUCCACGACAGGAGGAGGAAGAAGGUGGGGCAAGCUGUAAUUCCAACCAGGAGCCUCAGAUCCUGGAUGAGCGUCUGAAAAACUUUGAGCCAAAGAUUAUUGAGCUGAUCAUGAGUGAGAUCAUGGACCAUGGACCUCCUGUGGCUUGGGAUGACAUAGCAGGUCUGGAGUUUGCCAAGACCACCAUAAAGGAGAUUGUGGUUUGGCCCAUGUUGCGACCUGACAUCUUCACUGGCCUCCGUGGUCCACCCAAAGGUAUCCUGUUGUUUGGACCUCCAGGAACUGGUAAGACUCUGAUAGGAAAAUGUAUUGCCUGUCAAUCAGGCGCCACCUUCUUUAGCAUCAGCGCAUCAUCGCUCACAUCCAAGUGGGUGGGCGAAGGAGAAAAAAUGGUGCGAGCCCUGUUCGCUAUCGCCCGGUGCCACCAGCCUGCUGUCAUUUUCAUUGAUGAGAUUGACUCACUGUUGUCCCAGCGGACAGACGGGGAGCACGACUCAUCACGUAGGAUAAAGACGGAGUUCUUGGUUCAGCUGGAUGGGGCAGCCACCGCAGCUGAGGACCGCAUCCUGGUGGUGGGCGCCACCAACCGGCCUCAGGAGAUCGACGAGGCUGCCCGUCGACGCCUGGCAAAGAGGUUAUACAUCCCCCUGCCUGAAGCAGCCGCCCGACAGCAGAUCGUGACUAAUCUCAUGACUCGAGAGAAGAACCAGCUGAGAGAGCAAGAGCUGGAGAGCGUGGUGGCAGCUACAGAGGGCUUCUCCGGCGCCGAUAUGACUCAGCUGUGUCGAGAAGCGGCACUGGGGCCCAUCCGCAGCAUCCAGCUCAGUGACAUCGCCACCAUCACUGCAGAUCAGGUGCGACCAAUCCUCUACUGUGACUUCCAGGAGGCCCUGAAGACGGUGAGGCCCAGUGUCUCAUCAAAAGAUUUGGAGCUGUAUGAAGAGUGGAACAGCACUUUUGGAUGUGGCCGUUAAACUGUGGCUCCUCAUCCUGAUUCUCCUCUACCUCUGUUACAGUUAUGGAUGUUAUUGUGAAGUGAGUUGGGAAAAAGUUAUAAAGCUGUUGAAUAUUUUGUGCUGUGCACAUAAAGCACAUAUAGAGCACCGCACACUAUGGUUUCACAAAGAUAGUUUUCUAAAUCAGUGAUUUGUAUUAGAUUGCAUUAAACUGAGCAAUUGUUGCUGUUAUUUUUUCCACCUGUAGACUUUAUCUCUUUACAGCCAGUCUGAUUUUCUUUUUUUGGGAUCCAUGAACAUUUACUCAUUGCAUUCCGGCUGUUUAUAACUUGAAUGAAAAACAGACAGAACAAAUGAACAGGAAAACAAUAUGUAAGCAUCAUUCUUGAAAAUGUCUGAAGUGCAGACGUUAUCUUUAUUCACAGGAAUCUUUGUGGUGAGAAAAUAAAAGAUUGUUCCCGGCAAUUUUACAUGAUGCAUUCAAAUUACUUUCAGAGGUUUGCAGCAGCUAGACUGUUUUGUUUAGAUAUUUAUGCUAUUGUUUCUUUACGCUUUUCUGUAAACAUAAGCCCCCUGUUGUGUGCUCCGGAUGAAACAUUGAUCUGUUUAAAUUCCUAUAUAGCAAUUAGCAUCCUCUUUGUAAUACUUUUAGGUUGAACAUUCAGUAUAAGUAGUCAUCUAUAUCACUAAU